AUGAUGCAUAGCAUCAAAAAGCAGUGCUCAGAAGGCGCACACAGGCCGUUUGACGCGGCCGCGCCAUGUGGCACUGCUUCUCAGCCGGCGGACCUGCCGCCAAUCCCCGUUGCCGGAUUGAGCGAGGUGGUGAAUCUCAACGUGGGUGGCGUUUCGUACGUCACCACAUAUCGCACUCUGCUGAACCACAAAGGAUCACGUUUCGCGACGUACUUCCGUCAGCUGUUCGCGCACCUGUUCCAGAACGCCCCUGCGAGCACUUUGGGCAACGAUUUCUCCUACCUCGCGAACGAUCGGUCUACGCCGUAUCCUACAGUCUUCAUUGACCGGGAUGGGCGGCGGUUUGCCUACGUCUUGGACUAUCUCCGCGACGGGAGCGUUGCUCUGCCUGAUGACCAAACACUAUGCCGGGGAUUGUUAAACGAUGCGCAAUAUUUCCGUCUUUCGGGUUUGGAGCUGACCAUUUCACAUACCCUUCAGUUGUCACGCGGAGGGACGCGUACGCCUUCUCUGAGUCACUCCCAGGAUCAUGUUGCGGCGGGUGUGGCCAGGUCGCUGUGCGAUCCGUCGUCUCUGGUUACGCAUGAAGCGGCAAGGACGCUGAGUCCGCACCCCACGGCAAGUUGCUCCCAAAGGAUGUACAGUCUGGGAAGUGCUGCCAGCACCUCCGGCGUGGUCUACACGUUUGAUGAAUCACAAAGUGGGAUUUGUUCUCAGCAGAGCUACGACGAGGAUCUCGUGAGUUCCCAGAAAAGUUUCCUGCAAGUUGAGGAGAGCGACAACAUCGAAGACGCUGGAAUGUUCAUCCAGACCACCCCACUUUCGGAUUUGGGCAAAACCGAGUUCUCCACCAACUUUGAUUUUUGA